GACUAUCAAAAUGGUGGCUUCCAGUUAAGGUGACGUGUUUCAUUGGAAGGAUGUAAACAAAACACAUUCAACUUAUUCAGUUAUGCCCACUUGACAAUAUGCCGGAUUAGUAGGGAAUGAAUAAGACACAACAUGCCAAGAAAUGUAUUGACAAAGAGGAGGAAACAGAUUCUUCUACUCAUUCUAGCUGCUGGAUUUAUAUUUCUUACCUUCCAAAUCUUUUCUCUGUCUGCAUUGAACAUCAGCAAUAGAUUGUCAGCACUUAGGGCCAUGGAUGACGAUGGAGAAUUGGGCAUCAAUCUUGUCCGAGGAAAUCGGCACCGCAGGAAUCAGGCAAUAGAAGAAUUUGACAUGCAUGUAGAAAUAGAUGUUAAUCAACGAAAAACGGCCAAGAGCGAUAACUCUGACAGUCUGAAAUUUAAACCUGAGGAUAGCAAUCAUCGACCACCAGAUGGCAGUGAAAUAGGAGAACAAACAGCGGCAGACCUGGUUAAUCUUCCUAGAGGUGUACAUCGGACAGAUGCAAGAUACUAUAAACCGAUAACAGGCAAUUUGUUCCUUUGUCUUGAUAAAAAAAAAAACAUUCCUUUUUCUCAAGUUAACGAUGACUUUUGUGAUUGUGAUGAUGGAUCUGAUGAGCCGGGAACGUCUGCAUGUCUGGAUGGAAGAUUCUUCUGUACACACCAGAUCCCAGAUGAACGGCCACAGAGUAUUACCAGUAGCAGAGUCAAUGAUGGCCUCUGUGAUUGCUGUGAUGGCACUGAUGAAUGGAAGGAAAUAACAGCUCCACCUGGUGUGCAGCGAGCAGCCCGAAAUACAGCUACUGUGUUGACAGUACCCUGUCAGAAUCUGUGUAACAAGGUCAUACAGAGAAAAGAAGAGGACACAAAGAUCCGAGAGAUCGGUAAACGUCACAGACAAGAGUACGUCAAGGCUGCCUCACACCUUCAUGGAGAAGAAAAAGAGAAAUAUGGACCUGAUGGCGUUUUCUUCAAAUUGAGCCGGAGUUGUUUCCCUUUUAAAUCCUCGGGGUAUGAAUAUACAGUUUGUCCUUUUAAAAGUGUGAAACAGCAGCAGUUUCCUCGUGCAUCAAAGUUACUUGGUGAGACGGCGGUGUGGGAAUAUAUGUCCGAGGGACUGUACAUCCUCAACAUGCUGAAUGGAGCAUCACAUCUCUGUCCCGGAGAGGUGCCUCGUAAAUCUGUGAUAUCAUUCCUUUGUGGCAUUAAUGACAGAGUUGUGUCAAUCCUAGAACAGGAGACAUGUGUGUAUGCCGUCAAGUUUUCUACUCCAGCAGCAUGCUGACAUAUACCUAAAAUAUGACUUUCAGAAAGUAAUCAUAUAGUAACAUAUCAUAUUUUACGAAGAAACAUUGUAUAUGACUACUGUAUAGUAUGGGUAGUCAGAUAUGUGGAAAUGAAAACAUUGUAUAUGGCUACUGUAUACUAUGGGUAGUCAGAGAUGUGGAAAUGAAAACAUUGUAUAUGACUACUGUAUAGUAUGGGUAGUCAGAGAUGUGGAAAUGAGAACAUUGUAUAUGACUACUGUAUAGUAUGGGUAGUCAGAGAUGUGGAAAUGAAAACAUUGUAUAUGACUACUGUAUAGUAUGGGUAGUCAGAGAUGUGGAAAUGAGAACAUUGUAUAUGACUACUGUAUAGUAUGGGUAGUCAGAGAUGUGGAAAUGAGAACAUUGUAUAUGGCUACUGUAUAGUAUGGGUAGUCAGAGAUGUGGAUAUGAGAACAUUGUAUAUGGCUACUGUAUAGUAUGGGUAGUCAGAGAUGUGGAUAUGAAAACAUUGUAUAUGGCUACUGUAUAGUAUUGGUAGUCAGAGAUGUGGAUAUGAAAACAUUGUAUAUGGCUACUGUAUAGUAUUGGUAGUCAGAGUUGUGGAUAUGAGAACAUUGUAUAUGGCUACUGUAUAGUAUUGGUAGUCAGAGAUGUGGAUAUGAGAACAUUGUAUAUGACUACUGUAUAGUAUGGGUAGUCAGAGAUGUGGAAAUGAAAACAUUGUAUAUGACUACUAUAUAGUAUGUGUAGUCAGAUAUGUGGAAAUGAAAACAUUGUAUAUGGCUACUGUAUACUAUGGGUAGUCAGAGAUGUGGAAAUGAAAACAUUGUAUAUGACUACUGUAUAGUAUGGGUAGUCAGAGAUGUGGAAAUGAGAACAUUGUAUAUGACUACUGUAUAGUAUGGGUAGUCAGAGAUGUGGAAAUGAAAACAUUGUAUAUGACUACUGUAUAGUAUGGGUAGUCAGAGAUGUGGAAAUGAGAACAUUGUAUAUGACUACUGUAUAGUAUGGGUAGUCAGAGAUGUGGAAAUGAGAACAUUGUAUAUGGCUACUGUAUAGUAUGGGUAGUCAGAGAUGUGGAUAUGAGAACAUUGUAUAUGGCUACUGUAUAGUAUUGGUAGUCAGAGAUGUGGAUAUGAGAACAUUGUAUAUGACUACUGUAUAGUAUGGGUAGUCAGAGAUGUGGAAAUGAGAACAUUGUAUAUGACUACUGUAUAGUAUGGGUAGUCAGAGAUGUGGAAAUGAAAACAUUGUAUAUGGCUACUGUAUAGUAUGGGUAGUCAGAGAUGUUGAAAUGAAGAAUAUUGUAAAAAUGUUUAAAGAGAGAAUCGGAAUCAGAGAAUGUCCUAAAACACAUUGAAAGACAUCUGUAGGGGAACGUCCAUCACACUAAAUCGGUUAGCUUCUCCUCAAUGGAGAACAGAGAUUGUUUAUGGCCUGUGUUUCUAAUGGAAAGAUGUUUAAAUAAAGAGUGUUUAUAUACAGUUAGAUGGUUGGUACAGAGGAUGUAUGGAGGCUUGGUGGUCUUGUUGUAGGUCUGUGACCAAAUGGUCGGCAGUUUCAGUCCCAGAGUAUACGAGGUGUUGUAUCCCUGAACAGAUAUUUUACUCCAUUGUGUUCUAGUAGACUCUGCUAUAAAAGAAUAUGUGGGAUGAGUGCAAGAAAUGUCAUGUGGCAGGAUGUUAGUGCGACUGAAUGGCAGCUCCAGAUGUAUGCUAUUCAGGGAGUUGAGAAUGACAUCGGUUCGUAGCUAAAU